AUGAAAGAAAUUCAUCAUGUCAAAGCAAGCAUCCUCGUCGUUACACAAUAUAAGAUCAAAAAGGAAAAUAAUUGGACUUUGCUAGCAAAUUUUCAUUUCGUAAAAUGUUUUAUUGGUUUGUUGCAAAGUCGUCAUCUCUACCUUCAAAUUAGAGGCCAAUCAAAUUUAACCCUCUCGCUAAAUAAAAAACUUAUUUCAACCUGCCUUCGACAUAAGAUAAGAUUUAAGACUACAUUAUGA